AAAAUAGUUGUGGGGCAGAGAUAAUUCCGGGCACUCCAUCGUCGAUUACAGUAAUCUCUCCUCUCCCCGUCGAUUCAUUACGGUUCUCAAACAUGUUUGAUCAUUCCCAUUCACAUUCACAUUCACAUUCACCAUCGCUGAUCAAUUUCUCCGUUUGCUUGAAGAAUAAUGAGCGCCGCUUCUAAAUUCAUAAAGUGCGUCACCGUCGGUGACGGCGCCGUCGGGAAGACAUGCCUAUUGAUUUCCUACACCAGCAACACCUUCCCCACGGAUUAUGUGCCUACUGUAUUUGAUAAUUUCAGUGCAAAUGUUGUCGUAAAUGGUGCUACCGUCAACCUAGGCCUCUGGGAUACUGCUGGACAGGAGGACUAUAAUAGAUUAAGACCGUUGAGUUAUCGUGGAGCUGAUGUUUUUAUUUUGGCAUUUUCUCUCAUAAGCAAGGCCAGCUAUGAAAAUGUUUCCAAGAAGUGGAUUCCUGAAUUGAAGCAUUAUGCCCCUGGCGUCCCCAUCAUUCUUGUUGGCACAAAACUAGAUCUUCGAGAUGACCAGCACUUCUUUGUCGACCAUCCAGGUUCUGUACCAAUCACUGCAGCACAGGGGGAAGAGCUGAGAAAGUUGAUUGUGUCUCCUUCUUACGUCGAAUGCAGUUCAAAGACCCAAGAGAAUGUCAAACAAGUUUUUGAUGCUGCCAUUAAAGUUGUGCUCCAACCGCCAAAUACGAAGAAGAAGAAGGGAAAGGCUCAAAAGGCUUGUUCUGUUUUGUGAUCAGCAUAUGAUAUGCCCACCAAUCUCUCUUUCACGCUCCUCCCUGCCCCGUCAUAUCGUUUUCCAUUUUUUUGCCUCAAGAAGAGAACCACGAGUGCCCUUGCAUGCCCCUUCCGUCAAAGCACGAGACCCGUAUGGAGUUAAGUAGAUCAAAUCUCUGCUUUGUGCUUUUUGAUAUCCAAAGUGUUACCUCAACACUUUUAGGCCUACCCUGUUUUAAUUUGUUCUUUUCUUUCAUUCAUUAAUAAAGGUCCUUACAUUCUAUCUUUGACUUGAUUUAUAUUUUUUUUACAUAUAGAAACAGACAUACAUACAUACA